UAGAGAGUUAUAGAGCCUUUCUGAGAGAGAAGAAAGUUAGCUUGUGAAGUUUUUAUCCUCAAGCUUGAGUGAACCACCAUUGAGUGAAACAAUUUUGUAACAUCAUUGAUAAGCAGCAUUCCCAAACGGCCAAACUUCUCUUUGAUACUUGGUCAUGUAAUAAGCUUGAGAUGAAAAGUUGUCUGCUCCUUUUGUAUGAUGUCAACUUCUUUGGCGGCUUCUUUCGCCUUAUCAAAAAGGGUGGUGAAUCGUUAUUUAUUCCUGAAGGACGAAAUGGAAUGGGAAUUAAACGGUUCCUGGCAGGGAUUACAAAAGCUUAUAAUUUGAUGAAAGAUUUUACAUCAACAAAUACGUUUUUGGCAACUCCACAGGCUCGGGGGAUCCAGGUAAAUUUGAUUCUAACUUUGAGAUGGAUCUUCUCAGGUAGGGUGAGGAUCACUCUCAUGGAAAUGGUCGGUCCCAUCUCAUGAGAACGAGAUCGCAGUCACGCAUGGAGCUCGGCAAUAUUGACGGAGCUAUGAUAUUUUAGGGAGCUAUGAUAUUUAGGGAGCUUUUCAUAUGUUGUAAUUCGGG